CAGACGAAGAAACCAAAUUUUCCAUAAUUAAUUGGAAUGGUGCCGCGGGGAUUGUCGAGCAAGGCUUCAAGGAUCUUGACACUAGUAUUCCUUGCAACCUGGCUCGCGGUACCUACGAAGGUAUUAUGUUGAAGAGUCAUAUAAAUAAAAACAACACCAUUCCAAUAUUCAGAAGACAAGCCUGCAGAAUCGUCCCCUUCACUUACGAAGAAACCGUUAAUGACAGAUAUGGUUUUGAAUAUUAUAGAUAUCUUAUGGAGUCAUCGGCGUUCAACAGUACCUCCCCGUAUGCCUGCAAAUGUAAUAACAACUGUUUGCCCGACGGUUUUGUUGAUAUUUCUAACUGCUAUUACGGUUUUCCAAUCACGUUGUCAAAGCCUCACUUUAUGGACGCCGACCCUCAACAAAGAAGCUACUAUGAAGGAAUGCAUCCAGACCCGGAGAAGCAUUCCUCUAUUCUUGACAUUGAACCUACUAUGGGUGUACCUUUGGCGUUAUCUUCUAAGGUCCAAGUUAAUUUGGCUGUGAGAAUGUCACCAGGGAAUCCCAUUACGAAACCUUUGAAAGACAAGAUAGUGCCAAUGCUUUGGCUUUCACUCUAUUGCAAAGAGCCUCCUCCGGAAAUCUUAAGUUUACUUCGUCUGCGGCUAGUCAUCUCCCCACCUCUUAUCAUCGCAAUUGAAGUCCUACUCUUCGUCAUCGGUUUCAUCAUUGGCACGAGUGGAUUCUAUCGAUUCAUACGGCCUACAUACGAAGUCGUUGAUAUCGUUGAUGAUAAAAAAAUCACCGUCGGUGAUAGAAAUGUUAUUUCAGAAAACAUCGCCUUCUCCGAAGACGAACGUUCAACCAAAGAAGCAGUAUCUCUAUUAACGAUUAAAGAAGAUGAUAUGAAUAGCAUUUAUAUAGAUACGUGAAAGAAUUACUCGAUAAGUAACUGAUUUUGGGAAAAUCUUAACUAUCGGAAGUUACAUGACCUUAGCAAAAUGGUAAUUGGUGCUUUAAUUUAUGCCAUUACUCUCAAACCGUUUUAGAGAGUUGUUUAUUUAUAAUUAAAAAAUCAUCCUCAAAUGCUAUAUUUUGCCAUAGUAUUUUAGAUAACUAUAAGAAGUUUUAUGUUAAGUAUGUUUGAUUUGCACCUUAUACUGUGGUGAUGAGACGGUUUCCAUGUCGUUUUAUUUAAUGACCUAAUUACUGUUGAUAUUAUUAUUUGAAAUUAAUGAUUUAUUAACAUUGCUGAUUGUUCCUAUAUAAAAGGGGUGAUGUUAAUUUCAACAUUAAUUAUACGACAUCGGUAAUCAUCAACAGUUUGUGGUAAUUCUCAGAGUUUUCAAAGAUGUGUUGUUGAAGAUGAUUGUGGAGAACUGGUUUUAUUAUAUACUUUGUUGUGACAUUGUGAUGCAUUAUUAUUUUUUCUUUCGUCUUCCUUGUAGAUGAUUCGUUUGGCUACAAUAAAAUUUAGAUUUGUUUUUCAACGUUUGACCGUUUAUUUAAAUUUCUAAUUCAGUGUUGCUGCAUGAAUUUCUUUAAGGUUACCAAUUUGUGUGUCAAUUUCAAGGGGAUUAACAAAAUUGAACCGUAAAAAUCAUACUAGUUUAAGUCUACUGGACCACAUAUCAAGGCCAUUUCAAUUGACAACUUGUCUAAAAAGUAAACAUUACAUUAGAGACCUUUAGGCAAGGGCACUGAGGGUCGUUGUCACUAAUAACCAGUUCGUGUUGCAUAAUAAUGUCGCUUAACAAAAAUAUAUUUCUCGAUGUAUAUGAAAUUCAGAGAAUUUAGAGUUUUGAAAUUCUUGUCAAUCUAAAUCUAGAUUAAUUUAUUUUAUAUCUAGUUUCCUACCUAUUUUUACACUGUUAUGACUGGCUUAUUAAUUAGCUUAUGAACCAUUUUUAAUUGUAAGUUAUUUUGGCUUUUGAUUUGAACGGACGUAUGGAAUUAUUGGAAAAACAGUGGAUAUUAAUUUUAAUUUAAAUAUACUUAUAAAUUAUAAUUAUGUGUCCUGACCAUAACUUAUGUAACGUUAUAACAAUGAAUUUAGUUUUUGACAUGAUAAAAAACUAUUUAUUAAUUUCAUUGUGAUCUAUACAGAUCUAUAUCGUGAUCUAUAUAGAAAUAAAUAUUUAUUUAUAACUUGUUUAUGGUAAAACUAUUAUUGCGACAUAAUUAGCUAUCUGUCAGAAGAGUUUCUUUUUUGUUGUUGUAGGUAAUUGAUUCCUUGACCAAGAUUUCACCAAUGGAAACAAAAACAUGAUAUGGGUUUAUAUUCUAUGAAUGUAUAGGUACUACAAUAUUUAUAUAUUAAGGUUGGUGUUUGUUGAUUAUGUAAAUAGUGGUGGGGAUAAAUUUUAUUAUUUGUAAAUCUAAUCUAAUCUAGAUGUAUGUAAAUAAUUUUUAAGGAUUGUGAUAUUAGAUUCUGUAGGAAAUAAAUUUAAGCCCUUUGUAAAUAUUUGCUUUUAAACGGAAGUUGGAAUCCUAUUUUGAUUUUGUAUAUUUAAUAAACUUAUUACAUUUUGAUUGGU